AAAUGGCCUCGCUCUGGCCCAAGCAGGGUCCCCCUUCCUUUCCGGCUCUCCCGCUCCGGCUCCCAGGAUCUCAGCGUGGACCAAGACGGCAGGUGCCGCUGAUCGCAGGCUUCGCUCUCCUCCAGCUGAAGCUCGUCUCUGCGCUUGCCCCAUAAAGCCGGCCAGGAUCAGCUCCGGCCCCUCGCCGGCUCCUGCGGGCCUCGGCUCUGCGGUCUGUUUUCAGAAGACGGUUCUUAGAGUGCUGGUAAAGUGAAAAUAAGGUGCCACUUCACCGGCAUGAUUGGAGGAAGAUCAACAAUGACCGCUGUGAGGAAGGUCACGGACAAGCGGCAUAACCCAGUGGAAAGCAUCUGUAGAAAAAUCAGAGCCAUCCAAAAGAGAGAAGACCUUUCAGAUCCAGUUCGACAGAUUCUCAAAUACCAGUCGAGCAGUCUUGAUAGUCCGCAGAUUAACACGGAGAAAGAUAUUGAAGAGGUUCUAGAGAAUAUGGCGACCACUCCUAUUCCGUCGCCCAACACUUACUUCUCAAGUACCUCGAGAGAUGAUGCCAUCAUUACAGCUCCUCAAAUAAGGUCUCCAAGAACCCCAUCCUUUUCUCAUCUCCGCUCUCCUGAGAAUGCCACAUAUCCUGUUCCUCUCACCAGUUCUGAACACCUCUCAAGGCCAAGAUCUGAGAGCUGUCAGAAUUCUACAUCCUGGGCAUCACAGACCAGGAAGAGGGAGCACUUCUCUACCAAGGAUUUGAAUAAGCAUUGUGAAAAUCAUUUUAAUGCCUUAACACUUGACUUUGAUUCAACCUCUGAUAAAAACUCUGAAUGUCUUACUCCUCAGGAAUCAAUAGUGAAAAAAUUAUCUCUAAAUGAAGCUGGUAAAUAUUAAUCUUUUAAUGUUCUUCCAAUAAAGCAAUAAGCAUAUCACUUCCUGAAUACCCAAGUUAAAAAAAAAAAACAAACCCAAUCCACAUGAUUAAAAUUUGGAUGAGAGCAUCCAUCUUUCCCUUUUUAGGUAUGCUUCUUUCUCUCUUUCAAAAAUUUUAUUUUUGGGGAUGCCUGGGUGGCUCAGUAUGCCUGGGUGGCUCAGUAGG